GUACUCUCGUACUCUCGUACUCACUUGCUUGCUUCUCGCUUGGCGUUCAUGGUGUCGUGCAAACCCUGUGUGCUCGGUCAUGAUACUGUGGCACUUGCCGCUGAGAAAAUAACCAGAGAUGCAGUGGUGGAGUAGAGUGGAGUAAUUCAUUGGGGCGUGAAAGCGUCGUCAGAAAUUCAUCGGGGCUUGCAGAUGCAGCAGUGUUUGUAGCGAGCAAGAGGAAGAAGAUACGACGGUCUCUUCUACUGCUACUCUAGCUUCUUCCUUGCAAGUUGCAUCUACAGUUCCAGGAGGAGAUAAAAGAUUUAUUUUUUUCCUUUCAGUGCUUUCACAGCUUCAUUUUGCAAGGAGGAAUCUGGAGCUGAACACUAACAAGUCUACCACCACACACACAAACUGAGACUGAUUCACUAUGCUGAGGCAGCCAUCCAGCAGAUGCCACAGAUCAAAGAAGCUUCUUAGGCCAAAGCACAUCCUCCAGGUCGUCCUGCUAGUCGCCGUCAGUGUCUGGCUGGUGUACCAGCUCACACGCAACCGGCGACGUGCAGUGGCCGUGGAGGGCGGCGGCGCUGCCAUGGACGGUGAGGUGACGCGGCGCCGGCUGGGCAGGAAGGGCUUCAUUGUCUUCGCCGGCGACGCGUCUGAUGGUGAUGGCGUUCGUCGGAGCAUCGGUGGCCGGAGCAAUGUUGCCACCGAGGCCGAAAUGGAACGGGGCGUCACGUCUGAUCAGGUGGGCGAUGGUGAUCGAGGCGGUGAGGGAGACGUCGAGACCGGUGAAGAAGAAGAAGAAGAAGACGACGACGGCGACGGUUACAUUGCCGACGAUGGCCUUCCCGGCGACGAAGACGACGACGGCGGAGAUCUCCGUCACCUUCAGGCAGAUGAAAUGGAUGUCAUCAGCUUUGGUCCUCACACGAACUCUUCUGACUCCAUAGCUGCUGGUCCACUGGUGAAUGGCGUUGCAGAUGAUAUGAACAGAACUGCAGUGAUUAACACAUCGGUAAAUGAUUCUGGUGUAAGCUUGAAUCCUCCUGUGACCGGGUCAUUGCGAUACAAUCACAGAAAAGCAACUGGCAAUAUUGAGGCACUUGGAGGCUUGGAGCCCACGAUUACGAACGACAUGGAAGAAGACUGAAAAUGGCAGACGGAAUGCUCUCCGGUGACAGCAUGAGAUUAUUUCGUCCGGUUUGAUCUUCAGGACAACUCGCUGCAUCUUUCAAGCUGAUAUAAUCUGUUUAUCAUGUUACCCUGCUUGUUACUAUAAAGCCGUGUAUCCAUCUAGGCAAUCUUUUUAAGCGAUGCUCAUGUUAUUUUCCAGUAACUUCUUUUUUAUUUUCCUGUAGCAAUAGCUUCCGGUAACAAUUUCUCAACAUUUCCCAACUAUGCAAUCUGUUGAUCAAGCAAAGAAGUACAUCCAGCUUUGACAGCGA